GGGAGCGAGGACUGCCUCUACGUCAACGCGUAUUCGACGAUGGUCCCCGGGCGGCCCGUCAUGGUCUACGUCCACGGCGGCGGCUUCGUGAGCGGCGCGGCGACGCGAAGCGCCGCGAACCUCACGCGGCUCACGGGCUCCGUCGUCUUCGCGCCGCAGUACCGCCUCGGCGUCCUCGGCUUCUUCGGCGGCGACAACCGGGGCCUCGGCGACCAGCUGCGGGCGCUCGCGUGGGUCCGCGACAACUGCGCCGCCUUCGGGGGCGACCCGGCGCGCGUCAUGGUCUUCGGCGUGUCCGCCGGCGGCGCGUCCGUCGCGCACCUGCUCGUCGAGCCCCGCGCGGCGGGCCUCUUCUCGGCCGCGGCGCUCGAGAGCCCCGGCGGCCACCAGGGCUGG